AUGCUCGUUCCAAACGGGGUUCUGGGAAUUGGAAAUGAUGCGGGUGCGGGCGACGCGGGCGCCGGAGAGGCAGACGGUGACGUAGGGGUCGCUGGUGAUGAUGUUGUUGUGGUGUUUGCGGCGGCGCUUGGUCGGGGCGCAGGGCUGGUGGCAGGUGGUGAACAGGCGGCGGAGGCGCUCCGUGAGGAUGUCCAUGUUGGGGAGGCUGCGGGCCUCGAUGAUCUUCAGGUCAAGGUCGCCGUGGAGGUAAACCAUUUCCUCGGCCAUUGGGAGGGAAAUUGGGAAAAUGCGAUCUUAGUUAUUGCGCUGACAAUUUGUGAGAAUAUCGCCAGUAUUCUCACUUUAAGGGUUGCUCUGUUGGGUGAAGCUAAAAUGGCCUUGUUGAUAUAUUUGUGGCAUCAUAAAACUAAGGGCACAACAUAUGCUUACGAGUCUUUCUUGAGACCCUUUAUCUCCAGGCAUGAGAUGAAAAUCGAUCUUUUUGUUCUGUUAAUCAAGCGAGCUGGCGAUGGUGUUCGUCGUGGCUUGUUAAAAAUCUUAUUUGCCGUUAAAUGUGAUGCUCGUUACAAGAAAUUGAAGAAGAGUCUGAACAACUUCAUAUCGAUGAUGUCGCACGAGAAUGGAGCAAGGCGCGAAACUUGGUUAGUGCUGGCAGCUUUCACAUGGCAUUUUUCUUUUAUGAUAACCGUGUUAUUGGACCCGACCUUUCACAAAUUCAUCCAACAGCUUUGGAAACUGGAAACACAUAAUGGGGUUAGAGAAUGGAUUGUACAAUGGCUUAUCAAACAAGUUGGAGAGGAUGGGAUGCAGAAUAUCUAUCAUCUUUUGUUUAGUUUUUCCCACAGUGGUUGCCUGCAUUUUAGUUUUUGGUAUCUUCAAUUCUUGAGUGAGCUAGCCGACUCACAGAAAAGUAGCCGAAUACACUUGAAACUUACUCCUAAGUUUUGUGGUUGCUUUCAUGUUAUUCCUCUGGUCAAUCUUAUUGGGGCGAACGACAACUUCGGAUUUGUUGAUUGCUUCAAGGCUUUAUUGCUUGAGGUGGGGCUAUGCAUCGGCAAACAAUGUCCAGAUUACGCUCCACUAGUCAUUGCUACUGUUUUAAUUGUUGCUUUGUAUCUCAAGGACCAAGUAGAUACCUAG